AUGGAUCCCUCAACAGGGCCGGGCACACCGUCCCAUCCAUCUCAUCAGUCCCACGAUAGCUCGACCACCGCAUCACCCACUGAUACUCGUCAUCAGCCCUCAAGGUUCGACUCAUAUGUCGCCUCCCGCGACGAAGGUCUGUCCGAAAGUUUUCAGUCCUUCCAGUCCACCGACACGGUGCGGAGGCGCCCAGAAGGUUCCGGCUCUCAAUACCUGGGCGACCCGUCUGCCCACGAUCGAUCGCAUUCUCGCUCAACAACAACUGCUAGUGCUAGAUCGCCCAUGAUGGGUCCCGAACGCCCCAAAGCUGCGAAGCCGCGAAAGCCCCCCAUGCCCCGUCGACUGUCGACCAACCCAUCAGCACCACACCGCGGCGAGUUCUUUUCUGUUGACGACGAUAUCAACGAGGUCGAGGCAGAUGCCGUUGGUCGCCAUCAAAGCCGCCAGGGCAGCACCGCUUUUGGCACCCGCCGCCGACCUCAACUGGCCACCACACUGUCGCGCGUCCAAUCUUCCCGCAGCGACACUGGAGUCGAUGACGACGACGACAAUGAUGAGGUCGAAGAUGGUCCACGGACGCCGAGAGCUGACGACGAAACCCCCGAUGAUGCUGAGCGCGUUCCUUCGAUACACCCUGAUGAAGAGGACAUUGAUGCCGAGUCAGAUGGCGACGUGAGCGACGCCGAGAGCUUCACGCUCAAGGAUCGUCAGCAGGCCAUCAACCAGACCCAUCCUUUUGGCAUCAGGUUGUGGAAGCCUGCGUUGUACAAGAAAGAUCGUUCGGUGCAAAAGAAUGCCGAGGGCGAUAUCCAUUCGUCGCCUGGCGGAAGAGUUCACACCUGGCUUGUCUUCUUCAAUCUUCUUUGGACCUUGUUGUUUGGCUGGUGGAUGGCUGCUUUCUCGGCACUCGGCGCCCUGGUUUGCUUCUUGUUCGCAGCAACUCCUAGUGGUAGGGAAUACGGCAGAGUUCUCUGGGGCUUGGCUGGCUACCUUUUCUAUCCAUUCGGCAAAUAUGUGCGCCUGGAGCAGGAUGACGCCUACCUUGACGAGGACCAAGGUGAAGGACGAAGCAUUUCCGAGUAUGAGCAGUGGCAGAGUGGCGAUCUGGAAUACGGCCGCCUCUUCUUUGGUCCAGAGGGAUCCGAACGCAGCCGAUCUAUUGUUGGACGCUCGCGAAGGAGCAUCGAUUCGGAGCCGAGCGAGACUGAUAGCCUCCUAGGCCGUUCUCGACGCGGGGAGCGAAGCCAGACACCACCCCAGAUCAAGCGCCGUUUAUUCGGAAGAGGCCAGUGGAACAUUGGACGUGUCGUCUUCUUCUUGUUCUUCUACCUCUUGCUCUCACCCUCAUUGAUCCUGGUAUCCUUGAUCUGCUGGUUCCUCGUCUUCUCGAUCCCAAUGGGCAAGGUCACCAUGCUGCUUUUCGACCAAUUGCGCCGCCACCCCUUGGCGCUCUCAUUCGAGUCUGAUAUUGUUCUCGCCCGCACAGCUGACACGCCGCACUCGUCAAUCUUGCUGUGCACGUACCGCGCUGUCGGUAUCAAGUACUGGAAGUAUACCAUUGACGGCACGAACGUGUUCUUGAUCAACCUCAUGGGAGUUGUCUUCUUCGUCAUCUUUGACUAUCUCGUUCUCGACCAAGUUCUUGGUUUGGAGCUCUUUAUCACGUCACCCGCUUUCCUCUUCAUUGCCGGCUUAUUCUCCAUCGUUCCGCUCGCCUACUUCAUCGGCCAAGCCGUCGCCUCCAUCUCGGCACAGUCUUCGAUGGGUGUUGGUGCUGCCAUCAAUGCUUUCUUCUCCACCAUUGUUGAGGUGUUCCUUUACUGCGUUGCCCUGAGCCAAGGCAAAGGUCAACUGGUGGAAGGCAGUAUCGUGGGAAGCAUUUUUGCCGGUAUUCUUUUCCUUCCCGGCCUCUCCAUGUGUUUCGGUGCCAUCAAGCGCAAGACGCAGCGCUUCAACGCCAGAUCCGCCGGUGUCACUUCGACGAUGUUGCUUUUCGCAGUCCUCGGCGCCUUUGGCCCCACGCUCUUCUACCAAAUCUACGGCACUCACGAGCUCAACUGUUUGGACUGUGUCAACCACGGCGGCAUUGGAGGAGGUCUGUCUCCUGUUGGUGAUGGGCGCGACUGCAAGCGAUGCUUCUUCUCCCAGACUCCGGCGCUGAAUGAUCGUUUCUAUCUUGAGGCUGUCCGCCCGUUCUGCUACUUCUGCGCCACGUUGUUGUUCCUCUCCUACAUUGUGGGACUCUGGUUCACUCUGCGAACCCACGCUGCAGUCAUUUGGAACUCUGAAAUUGACGAGAAGAAGCACGAAGAGGCACAUGCACACGCUCAUGCGCAUGCUCAUGCCAGACAGUCGGGUCCUCACUCAUUUGCCGAGACCACCGGCACCUCGGUCGACGUCCGCGACUCUCAUCUUUACAAACGCAUCCUCGGUCAGUCGCUGAAGCAGGUUGGCCUUGCAAACAAGAAAGAUGACGGCUCUCGCCAGGGGUCCGUCACCGGAUUGGGAUUGAGUGCUGGCAAUGGCAGCGUCAGUAUUCCGCACGUCGUUCCUCCCAAGUCCAGUGGGAGCGAUACGGUCCGCUCUACUGUCCAUAUCCCUGGGUUUUCAGAGGCGGAGAACAACGCUUUGGUCCGAGAGGUAGCAGAGAUGGCGGCCACUGCAGCUACAAUUGCUGCAAGGGAGCGAAUGCCUCGCAGAACCUCGGCUCUCCCCGCAGCACCCCAUGGUGGACACGACGCUCCCAAUUGGAGCCGAGGCAAGAGUGCCUUCAUCCUCAUGGGAGCUACCGUACUCUAUGCUAUCAUUGCCGAGAUCCUGGUGGACACUGUAGACGUCGUUCUUGAGGGCUUUGCUAUCGAUGAGAAGUUCUUGGGCAUCACACUUUUUGCACUGGUUCCCAACACGACCGAGUUUUUGAACGCCAUUUCGUUUGCUAUGAACGGCAAUAUUGCGCUCUCAAUGGAGAUUGGUUCUGCCUAUGCGCUGCAAGUUUGCUUGCUGCAAGUCCCAGCCCUUGUGCUAUUCUCUGCAAUCUACGUCACCUCUGAUCGUUUCGAAGACGUCGCUGCGCACACCUUCUCACUCCUGUUCCCCCAGUGGGACAUGGUGACGGUCAUUAUCUGCGUGUUCCUCCUAAGCUACAUGUAUGGUGAAGGAAAGAGCAACUAUUUCAAGGGCAGCAUUCUGCUGCUUAGCUACCUUGUAGUCAUUGUGGGCUACUACUUCUCAGGGUAUACCGAGGAUGCCAUGAGCGUGAGUCGUUUCGACGUCAUGGGCGCCAACGGACAAUACUCAACUAUCAAGACUGUUGGCCGGAGAGUGAGCGGCGCUGUUCUGCAGUAA